AUGAGCAGGGAGGCUGCAGCUCAGUUGCAAGGGUUGCGAGCAAUGCUCCACUUACUUUUUCGGCUUUUCUGCAGUGAUGCAAAGCGCUAUGCGGAGCUGGUGAAGGAGGGAGAGGUGGGCUCCACGAUCCUCUCUGUCGUUGAGCAAAUUAUCCGAGCCGAAAGCAACACGGACUCUGUGCCAAAGUCGAUGCUGAAGACCCCUGCCGGCCGACCCAAGAAGGGCAAGCCGAAGGAGGUCAGCGGCACAACAGCGCAGAGCUUUUACCCGGCUAGCUACUCUUCUGCCCAACAACCGGCCACAGGAAGGCCCAAAGGUCGAUUUGGCGGCCUGACAAAG